AACAGCGAUGGUCACAGACUUGCUUCCGAGGGAUAUUCAAUCUGGCUGAAGCAGAAGCCGAUCGACCAACAAUUAAACGAACAUGCUAAAAUCCGGGCGAGUGAGAAAGAGAUAGAGGUAAUGUAUGUAAUGGCAUUUUUUCAAUCAUAAGCGACAUUUUAGCACUUUUAUAGAUGAAAAUGCACGCAUACGUAUAGUUUGAUAUAUUGCAUGAUUAUUCCAAAUUAAUGUCCUUUUAAGGUGAAACGAAAACGUACAGUGAUCGGGAGAAUAAUUGAUGUUGUAAGGCUGCUUGGAAGACUGAACUUACCAUUUAGAGGUCAUCGGGAAAAUCAAACAUCCACGAACAAAGGCGUUUUCAUAGAGAUAAUCGCGCACUUUUCCAAACAUGAUGCUAUCAUGGACUUCCAUUUAAAGAAUGCUAAAGGUUUGUGAUUUAAUUGGCUAUACUGACAAUUGUUUAGGCCAAAUAACUUUAAUUUAAUGUUGUACUUUAUUCGUGUAGCUGUUUUGUGCAUUCCACAGCUCUUUGUGGAACUUUGCCAGAAACUUUGAUUUAAUUAUUUGAUUCCUGAUUUAUAAAUAUUCUUCAUUCAAAAACUCUGUUAACUGGUUUACAUGUCAUGCGGUCAUGCUAUGGCGAAGUUAAAAGUAUUCCGGCCUGCUUACAUUACUAAAGUGUUCGUUGUAAUAUUUCUAAACAGAGCUACAGUGAUAGGUCCGGUUAAUUUCACCAGGCUGAUUGACAUAAUCUGGUAAAUCCAACCAUGAUCUUUCAGGAUCACGGAGUUUGCAAUCAAUAACAUAUUAUUUUAGUUUGAUUUGAAUGUUGUUAUCUCAACAGAUAAUACAAAAUACACAAGUCAUCAAAUCCAAAAUGAAAUGAUUGAUGUAAUUGGGACGGCCAUAACGGAUGAGAUUGUCCGACGGCUGAAGGAAGCUGAGUUUUUCGCUGUCAUUGCUGACGAAACCCCAGAUACAAGCCACAACGAACAAUUUUCCAUCACCGUACGCUAUGUAUAUCAAGGAGAUGUCGAAGAAAAGUUGUUGGCUCUCAGGAUUGUAGAUCAGACGACAAGUGAAAUGCUCUUUGAAACACUCUGCGCUGUAUUGAAAUCCCACGACAUAGACGUCACUCGUCUUAGAGGUCAAUGCUACGAUGGAGCAAGUAAUGUUUCGGGCAUACGGACAGGUCUUCAAGCGAGGAUAAAAGAAAUCUCCCCAUCCGCCUUGUUCGUCCAUUGCUAUGCACACGUAUUGAACCUAGUCAUUGUCGAUGCCAUGACCAGCAACACCACUGCAAGAGAUUUCUUUGGAACCCUUCAAAACUUGUACGUAUUUAUUCAAACAUGCACGAAACGACAUGCUGUUUACACCCAGCAGCAAGCAGAGAUCCACGCAAGCAGUGGUUCUACGAAGAGUUUCCAAGUUCGUACACUGAAGAGCUUGUGCGAAACUCGUUGGGCCUGCCGAGCAAAUGCGAUCAACACAUUCAAUGCGACCAUCGGGGCAAUUGUAGGAACGUUGAAAAUCAUCCACGAAACUGAGACGAAGGCGAAGAUUGCAGCUGAAGCAAAGGGUCUUUUGAGUAAUAUUGAUUUUGAAUUUGUUUUAUCAUUGAAAGUGAGUAUACUUACAGUAUAUAAAGGACUUCAUUUUCUAAGUACAUUGCACUAUAUCGUAUGGUUCGCAUUGGGAAAACGACCAUGAAAAGUUUUGUUUUCGGUUUUGAGUUGAAAACGUUCCGUAUAUAUUUUGAGUUAUAUUUCUAUUAUUUGAUACUUUUUCAGGUUCUCGACAAAGUACUUAACCUCAGCAAAGGUGUAUCAGACAAACUACAAUCAGAGGAUCUCGACGUAGUGUCAGGUUGUGACCGGGUUGAAGAUCUGCUUGUUGCCAUAGAAGAACUUCGUACCGAGGACAAGUUCAAGACUUUCUGGAUUGCCACUGUUGAAACAUGUGAAGAGCUCAACAUUGAAACUCCGAUGGAGACGCGUCAAAGGAAGAUACCGGUACGACUGGACGACCAUCCUGAGACAGCUGUGCGGCUUGAACCUAAAGAUACAUUUAGAGUUGGGUUCUACUUUUCAGUAAGUAUUUGUGCGAAACAUUUAAUUUUAUCUCUCCCACACUGUUCGAAACUUUCUAUCAGAUCAGUAUUAAAUUGCAGAUAUCUUUAACUAUACUACUGUUUUCACAGGUUCUUGAUCUCAUGAUCAAUUCAAUCGAGACAAGGUACGAUGCAGAAAACCGAUCCAUCUUACGGGGAUUUGGAUAUCUUCAUCCCAAACGCAUCACGACGCCUGAUUCUUUCGAGCAUGUCAAACACGCCGCCAAUUAG